UAUAGGCUAAACGAGAUAAAUAAAAAAGAACAAGUUUUUAGUUCUUGAUUACUCCUUAUGCCAAUCUCCAAAACAUGGGGUUGCGCAAAGUCCAAUUUUGUUGUCACUGUUAGGCCGGCCACACACGUAACGGUAUACAUGACAGGUAAACCUGCGCAGGUUUACCUGUCAUGUAUACCUGUGCAAACUAGAGUCCACACACGUAACGGUAUACCGUACGUUUAGCUCAGUUGAGAGAUGGCGAGCCAACAAGAUGAAGAUUAUAUGAUAGCUUUAGUCGGAUUGUGGGUGGUUUUAAACAGUAAGAAGAAGAAGAAGUUUAAACGUAAAAUGUGGAGUAAAAAGUGGCUUACUAAAAGAAAUGAAUACACUCGUACAAGAUUAUUGAAAGACUUGGGUGGUGAGCCUUCAGACUUCCGUAAUUAUUUGCGGAUGGAUGAAGACGCCUAUGAACAGCUGUUGUUACUCGUGACUCCAUUAAUUGAAAAGAAAGACACGGUUAUGAGGAAAUCGAUUUCUCCCCAUGAGAGGUUAACUACGACUUUGAGGUUCCUUGCAACGGGCCGAUCGUACGAGUGUCUCAAGUAUUCUACGUUGAUAUCACCACAAGCUCUAGGCAAAAUAAUUCCAGAGACGUGUGAAGCCAUCUAUAAAGUGCUGAAAAACGUCUAUUUACAGGUACGUCAAGCCAUAUUGCACAAACAUUGUUUACUCACGUUGAGAACAGUUGUUAUGAAUUUAAUUUUGUUCCAGUUUCCUAACACCACUGAGAAAUGGAAAGUGAUUGCUGAACAGUUUGAAGAGAAAUGGAAUUUUCCCCACUGCCUCGGUGCCAUGGACGGCAAACAUAUAGACAUAGUUCCUCCAGCGGAUUCCGGAUCAUAUUAUUACAACUAUAAAGGCAGACACAGUAUGGUACUUUUUGCAAUAGUGGAUGCUAAAUAUCGGUUCCUUUUAGUGGAUUUUGGGACCAAUGGGCGUGUUUCUGACGGAGGUGUUCUUCAAAAUACUAUGUUUUAUGAAAAGUUACAGAGUGAUGAACUUAAGAUCCCAAAACCAUGCAAUGUUACUGAACAUUUCAAAGAGGUGCCUUACGUGUUUGUGGCAGAUGACGCAUUUCCCCUGUCAAUUAACAUGAUGAAACUUUUCAGACAAGCACAACUAGAUUCAGCUGUAAAAGAAAUCUACAACUACCGAGUUUCAAGGGCAAGGCACGUUGUCGAGAAUGGGUUUGGAAUACUAGCCUCCAGAUUUCGCAUAUUCCAUACUCAAAUCAAUUUGGAGCCAGAGAACAUAGUAAAGGUAGUAAUGGCAACAUGUGCAUUGCAUAAUUUCUUGAUGCAAACACAUCCUACCAUUUACGCUCCACCAAACAGUACGUAUCAAGAGAAUGACGAUGACGCUACUACUAAUGCUGGGUUAGAUACCAAUGAAUCGAAUAUGAUUGCAUUACAACGAGCGAGCUUAGGGAAUGUAAAUGUGGCCGCCAAAAAUCUCAGAGAGGAGUUUGCUACCUACUUCGUCAAUGAAGGCAAACUUUCAUGGCAAGACCAACGUGUUCUUCGAAACAAAAAUUCAAGUUAAAGACUAAGUGAAUUAUUAUGAAGUGAAUAUAUAUUUUUAGCUUAGUUGAGUCAAUGACAUUCACCAAUCCAUGCACAAACAAUACAUUAAUACAUAUCAAUUUUGUCAUAAAACUUGUUUUGUUUUAUUCUACCAUUCAACAUUUAAUCAACAUCUAAUUUAACAUUUAACUUGUAAAUUAAAGUGUAGUUCAAAUAAAUUGUUUAACUAGGUAAUUGA